UUGAGUCUACGUCACAGAUUCCGGACGUCUGCUGUGGUGGGGAAAAUUUGUUUUCUGCUUCUCAUUCUUCUUGACAGCUUGUUUGCUACCGGGCUGCAGAGCAAAUUGAAUGUAGCAAAUCAGGUUUUCAGCUGAGCCUUUCGACGGUACAAAAAUCUGAUUGGGAUGGUAUCAUGGAGAGAGACAGUCAUCAAGAAGGAGAGGCGCAGGGUGUGAAUAUUUGUGAUCCACCCAAUGAGAGCAACCCAUCAGCUGACACCUUGGCAACUUCUCUCUCCCUCUUGGGGAAUCACAUGUUUCCUGAUCCAGUGGAGAAAAAUGACUGCAGCACUGGUAAAGAUGACCCUGCACAGUCACUCCUGUCAGGUGUCAAAGCAGAGGAGCAGCAUCUGGAUGCAGAACCUCGGCCUAACCAGGUAGCAAACAUGGAGACUGAAGAGACAGCAUGCUCUAAUAGCUCUGAGUGUCAGAACAACACGUCUACCCAGCCCGCUAACGGAGGAACUGAGGAUGCUGCUAUCAACAAUGACCAGAGUGACUCCGGAGAAUUUGUCGUAACAAUGCUGGCCAAGGCCAAGCUGGAGGAACAAGGUUUAGGUGUGAAGGGAAGGUCAUCUCCUUUGCUGGAGGCAGGUACCCAGGAAUCUCCUGCAUUUAUGUCUCAUCGCGAAGAGGAUGUGACAGCUGACAGCUGGCGGCAGCAUAGGAAGCAUGUUUUUGUGCUAAGUGAAGCAGGAAAACCAAUCUAUUCUCGAUACGGCAGUGAAGAGGCUCUUUCAUCCACAAUGGGUGUGAUGAUGGCAUUGGUGUCUUUUGUCCAAAGUGGAGAUAAUAUCAUCCGCUCAGUCUAUUCAGAGCAACACACUGUGGUGUUCUUGCAGAAAGGGCCCCUCGUUCUGGUUUGCGUUUCCAGCAGCCGUCAGUCUGAGCAGCAGCUACGUGGAGAACUUCUAUAUGUGUACUAUCAGAUCAUUAGCAUGCUCACCCAGGCCAGCAUUUCCCGCAUUUUUGAGCACAAGAAAAACUACGACCUGAGGAGGCUACUGGCCGGGUCUGAGAAGAUCUUGGAUGGUCUUCUCAACCUAGUGGAUUCAGAUCCCAGCUUCCUGCUUGUAGCAGUGCACUGCUUGCCCCUCGCUUCCUCUCUCAGGGACUCCAUCAGUCAGAUUUUGCAGAAAGCUAUCACCCCUAACCUUGUCUUUUCUAUCCUCAUCGCCAAGAACCAGCUGCUCACCAUCGUCCAAGAAAAGACUGUCAUUGAGGACACCAGGCUGGAGCCAUCUGAUGUCCACCUUCUGCUCAACCUCAUCGGAGCCUCCUCGGCUUUUCAGGCAGGGGAGAUCUGGACUCCCAUCUGCCUGCCUCUUUUUAACCCUGACUGUUACUUUUAUGCAUACAUCUCCUACCUGGACCCUCCAGAAUGCACUGUUUGCUUGCUGCUGCUUUCAACAGACAAGGAGGCAUUCUACGCUGUAGCUGAGUGCAAAAGGAAGAUAGAGGAGGCCAUGGUGGCUCAGAACUCACUGAGCCUCAUCGCCAAAGCCCAGUCAUACAGUGUGAGCCAGGUGGGCGUCUCUGACCUCAGACACUUCAUGUACAAGCCCUUUGAUGUGCCAGACAACUAUCGCCAGCUCAGUCAGUUCACCAGCCCAGAGAUGGAGGCUCCAUACAGCAGUGAAGAGGAGAAAAUGAGACUGCUUGACCUUUAUCGUUAUAUGCACAGUCGCAUCCACAGCACCUCACGGCCCUUGAAGCUCAUCUACCACGUCGCUGAGAGAGAAACUCUUCUAGCCUGGGUCACAAGUAAAUUUGAGCUGUACACCUGCUUCAGUCCUCUGGUGACAAAGGCCUGUGCCAUCACUGCUAUCACUAAGCUUUUAAGGUGGAUUAAAAAGGAGGAGGACCGUCUCUUCAUCAGAUACCCCCCGAAGUAUUCAACCACCCCAAACCCCAGUAAGAGCUCUCGAAGUGGAAAAUCAGACCAGCAGGACUCCACAGAUAACGGCUUCCUGUCUCUUCUAUAGGACGCCCUCAGUGUUCUGUAGUGGCUCUGCCUCAUUCAACAAUAGUUUGUACACUGGUUCCAAGAUGUUUUUGAACCCUCUUUUGACACUUUGUUGGACUUGACAGACAUUGACUACUGGUAUCAAACACUACAUUUUACACUAUUUAAGAAGGAAUGAUCUCUUCAAAUGUAGUAUUAUUUCUUUACUUUAACAAGAAAGCAUGUCAUUGCAUCACUGCUUUCGAUCAGAAACAGUCAGGGCAAAACAGCUAAUACAAAAUAGUAUGUUUUAAAUUGAACUGUGGUAGAAGAGAAUCAUAAUGAUAUUUAAAUGUUUUUAUAUCUUUUAUUACUGCAACAAGAGACAGAUUUUCCUCAUGGACAGUGAAUGUAUCACAUUGACGACAGUUUGUUUGAAUAUGCUAUAACAAUUAAUUGUUUCUUUGUUGUGUGAACUAAGAAGAGGACAUAAAUAACCUAAAUUACCUUUCACAGACUAGUUCCUUUAGAUAAGUUUGAAGACAUGAAACAUCCCAAUGUUACACAUAUGAGAUGUACUUAAAAAGGAAGUAUGUUUUGUUGUGGACCCAGUAUAACUGGAAUAUCAACAACUGGAAAUGGCAGAACAGGGAUGGGCCACCAUGUGCCAUCUUCAGCCACCAACGGAUGUCAGUCUGACAGUUUGUUGUUCAUCAGAGGAGUUCUUGGUGAAGUCCACUGGUUUUGAGGUCAUGUGUCAGCUAUGAACAUAGUUGCACAAAUCAAUAACAGAAAACCUGAAGAAGGAAAAUCCAGCCUGUUACAUUUUACAUAAUCAUUCUCAUAGUUAGUGUUUUCAUCACUUGAAGUUGGACCCAUUGUCUUCUGUGAAGCUAAGGAGAUGCCACUGAGCUCAUGCAAUGUUUUUCUGCAAAGAUUUCUGGGAGAGUUCUCAUCUGACACCUAGUUUAGUAAGUUCAGGCAACUUUUUGGAUAAUAGUUUUGUAAAGCUCAUCUAUGAACAGUAGUUUCAUCCCUUUGUCCUCUGAUGAACUUGCUGUUAAUUCAAGUCUUAAGAUUAUGUCUAUAGUAUUAAUGAAAUAAAUCCUCAGUUGCAGAUGACUGCAGUUGUCUUAAUUAGGAAGAGAUAUUUCAUGAAAGUAAGUGAAUAUUCAUGUAACAUCUGCCAGAAAAUAACAACAUAGUGUUAUAAAUGCUUGGUUUUACAGGUCUGUCAUUAACAUCAGUAGACUUUUUUGUUGAAGGAGAAUAUAUUUGGCAGCAAAAAAAAAUGCUGUUCCUAUAGGAUACUUAGAUACAGGUCAUUCUAAUACAUUGCAACAAUGAAACAGGGAGUGUUGUCAGUGCACAGCAGGUACAAAUGUAAACUGAGCAUGGACAAUGUAACCCUAAAGGAAAAUCUAUAUUUAUCUCAGAUAUGAGAACAGAGUUUCCAGUCAUGAAAAAAAAUGUAGUCUGAGCUUUUCUGCCAUUAAAAAAAAAAAAAAAUGGUUUUGUAAAACUAAAUGACAGUUAUUUUCAGGACACACGAUGUAUCAGGAUUAUGUGAAGUGUGGAUCAGUAAAAUAAAGUUUUGCAUUUAA